AUGACACAACAGCAAUCACAAUUACAGACUUCAUCAUCAUCAACAAUACAAAAUAAUGGAAAUCCUAAUCAAAAUAUACAUUUAAAUAACAAUAAAACAUCAUUAUUGCUGACAAACAAUAAUCGUACAACAACAACAACAAUACAUGCAAGAACAAGAACAUGGAAAUAUAUAUCAAUGUAUAUUAUAAUAAUUAUAACAUUGGGAAUGUUUGUAAUAUCAUCACGAAAUGGCUCCCAGGUGAUAAAUAAUAUAACAUUAUCAACAUCUGGGUCUUAUACAUUACAACCAAAAAGUAUACAAACUAAAGCAUCAUCAUCUUCACAUGGAGCAUCAGCAUCUUCACAUGGAGCAACAUCAUCUUCAGCGAAUAUCAAUACAAAUGGUGGUGUAUCAGGUGAUGACAAUUGGAAACUAGGUUUGUAUACGAAUCGUACAUUGGGACGUGAUUACGAUCCAUUGUUAGUGGUUGUCUACGAUACAUUAAAGACAUCUGCAGUUAAUUAUUCGUCAAGAUUGUUUAAGACAUCAUCAACGAGUUUAUCAAUAACACGAACUAGACAACAAGCACAUUAUACAACAACUGGUGCAGCAACAACGUUAGAUAAUAAUAAUUAUAAUAAUAAUGGUGAAAUUAUAACAACUGCUGAUGAUUUGUUGUUUAAUUCAUGUAGUGGUACCACUUUACGUCAUUAUUGCCGUAUUAAAACGUCGCAAUUGUUGCAAGAUUUAACAUUUAUGGCGCAUAUGUCUAUGUUCCAGAAUUUGGGACAUCAUGCCACAGCACACCAUAUGAAAACAUCAUUAAAUCCACAAUUAAAACAUUUAAUUGCAUUAGCUGUGUACGGUGAUGAAACAGUUGAUAUCACUGAUUUUUGGGAAUCAUUAAGCUUACUGGAUAUCUUACUAUCAGAUAUUUAUGAUUAUAUACCAGAUAAAAAUAGAUAAACCAUAAUUUAAA